GGGCGGGCUAGCAAGAUGGCAGCGCCCAGGAGCCGGUGAGGUGAGAGGACACGGGAAUCCAGGGGAGAGCUGCACCGGUGCGUUAUGGCCGCGUCCCCGCACACCCUUUCCUCGCGCCUCCUCACAGGCUCGGUGGGAGGAUGUGUCUGGUAUCUAGAGAGAAGAGCUAUACAAGAAUUGCCCCACAGGGUCACCCAUCUGUUCAGGAAUGUCAAUAAUCAGUGGGUCAUGGUCCAGCACCUAAGCUUCCUCAGGCGCAUGUAUGUCACACAGCUGCACAGGGGCCUUAGCCAGCGAGUCAAACCAAAGCCAGAGCCAGUGGCUUCUCCAUUCUUGGAACACACAUCUUCAGGGCAGUCUGGAGCAGAAGUGGAUCAGCUGCCAUCUCUCUCAGUCCCCAGCCUGCCUUUGUCCCACAAGCCAAAAGAAGAGUUGCUGGAGCUGGGGACUGCUUCCACAGUGGAACGUUCUCUAGACACAGCCAAAGAGACAAAGGAAGAAAAGCAGUGGAAAGAGAUGAAGCUUCAUGCUGAAGAUCUGCCUGGCAUUUUGGCUAGACUGUCCAAGAUCAAACUCACAGCUCUCGUCGUGAGUACCACUUCUGCAGGCUUUGCACUGGCUCCAGGCCCUUUCGACUGGCCCUGCUUCCUGCUGACUUCCCUUGGCACGGGCCUCGCAUCCUGUGCUGCCAACUCCAUCAAUCAGUUUUUUGAGGUGCCAUUUGACUCAAACAUGAAUAGAACAAAAAACAGGCCUCUGGUUCGUGGACAGAUCAGCCCAUUGCUAGCUGUGUGUUUUGCCACCUGUUGUGCUGUGCCAGGAGUGGCCCUUCUGACCUGGGGAGUGAAUCCACUCACGGGGGCUCUGGGCAUCUUCAACAUUUUCCUGUAUACCUGUUGUUACACACCUCUGAAGAGGAUCAGCAUUGCCAACACCUGGGUGGGAGCCGUGGUUGGAGCCAUCCCACCUGUCAUGGGCUGGACAGCCGCAACCGGAAGCCUUGAUGCUGGAGCGCUUCUUCUGGGAGGGAUCCUGUACUCCUGGCAGUUCCCCCACUUCAACGCCCUGAGCUGGGGCCUCCGUGAAGACUACUCCCGAGGAGGCUACUGCAUGAUGUCGGUCACCCACCCAGCCCUCUGCCGGCGUGUGGCACUGCGUCAUUGCCUGGCCCUGAUUGCACUGUCGACUGCUGCCCCUGUCCUGGACAUCACCACAUGGGCCUUCCCCAUCAUCUCCCUCCCCAUCAACCUGUACAUUUCCUACCUCGGCUUCCGCUUCUAUGUGGAUGCAGACCGUCGGAGCUCUAGGAAACUGUUCUUCUGCAGCCUGUGGCACCUGCCACUGCUCCUGUUGCUAAUGCUCACCUGUAAGCAGCGGCCAGGUCAGGAGGGGGACAAGGGAGAGGCUCCAAGCUGAAAGCUAGCCGACAUGUGGGGGACUUGAGAGCAGACACGUGCAGACGAAUGUAUAGCACAGCCCUGUGCCAGUGGGAAGCGUAUUUUGGUGUUUCUGGCAUGCAAAAGGAGAAAUGGAUGGUGUCAGCUGGUGGCAGAUCAUCUGGUGCUGUGUCAUCACUUAUCAGUCCUUUUUAUAUUAAUAUCCAAACUGCCUCCCAAGUAAGAAAGGGACUGGCAUAGUGAAUUGAUACAAAAAAGAAUAUGUUUCUUCUUGAAGGUCUUUAUGCAUCUUUCCCUCCAGCCCCUCGCACCCACAUGAUGCAU